CAACUGACCCUUGACGUGCUAAAAAAUAGCAUUCAGUGUACAAUUUCUUUAAAGAUUCAGAUACGCAAAGUCGGGAUAAUUACUUAUAAGAGAAACCGAUGUUGUUGAAGUGCACACGACGGUAAAACGUCACCACCGCGCAACAAUACAGUGUCUGCUGAUGACGUAGCUGUCUCGUCCUAUGUAUUCCUUGUAGGUUCGUUCAGGCUGCAGCGCGGGAACGAGAAGCAGUGCAAAUGUGAGGGUAGAAGUUUUCAGAAACAAAUUAAUCUAUUAAAACAGAGAGCCAUGGAUGCAUCUGAGGUAGAGUUCCUCGCCGAGAAAGAGAUGGUGACGAUAAUACCUAAUUUCAGUUUAGACAGGAUCUAUCUGAUCGGGGGUGACCUGGGUCCCUUCAACCCUGGGCUGCCUGUUGAUGUCCCUGUGUGGCUCGCCCUCAACCUGAAGCAGAGACAGAAGUGUAGGAUUGUUCCUCCUGCCUGGAUGGAUGUUGAGAAACUGGAGGAGAUACGCGAGCUUGAGAGGAAAGAGGACACCUUCACGCCUGUUCCCAGCCCUUACUACAUGGAGCUGACCAAACUGCUGCUGAACUAUGCGUCUGACAACAUCCCCAAAGCAGAUGAGAUCCGCACACUAGUCAAAGACAUCUGGGACACGCGUAUUGCCAAACUCCGUCUCUCUGCCGACAGCUUCAUUAGUCAGCUGGAGGCUCACGCCAAGCUGGACAACCUGACUCUGAUGGAGAUCAACACCAUCCGAGCGUUCCUCCUGGACUCUCUUAACUGCAUGUACAAAUUGCGUUCUAAUCUGCAGCCUGGUUCGAGCAAGGGACAGUUCAUGGACUAUUGAUCCACGAGAUCAAGGCCCUGCUGAACAGGUCUGGAUCUCGUCCCAAGAUCUAAAGCCUUGGACUGAGCAUCUGAUCGGCCUUGGACCGAGGCUUGUGCUCACUCACCAGGCUCUUCAUUACUCAAAAGACGGUUCUCUCAGAAAUCAUGUUCAAAGGAUGCUGAGGUCUGUUUGAAGCUAACUGAGGUUUACUCAGCUUUUUUAAAGGCCUAUAUAUUUGAGUGAGACUUGAGUUAGCUCCGUACAUAUGAAAUGCAUCGAGGUUUCAUGUGUAUCUUCUGUUUGAAAUAUGUGUGUAUUUAAUUUAAUUUAGGAUGCUGGCUGUAGAUGAAAACUGCCUCCAUUUUUGUACAUGUCAGUGUCAAAUAAAUGUACUUGUGUGUA